AUGGAGCAGGGUAAGUCUAGUAGCACGGUGGGGCAGUCCCGGGAAAGCCUGGCUAGAGGUGCCCAAAUACUCCUAGCAGUUUCGAAUCAUGGUGUCGUGAAGUCCGAAGAGCCUGCCGACGAAGCCGAAAUCCAACGACAGAUCGAGGUUCUCACAAAGCAGCAAGCCCUGCUUCGAGAUGCAAAGGCGGCAGCUCAGCAAGACAGCGGUGUCGUAGACGCCGCUUUCGAAGGAGUGACAGAAGCAGCAACGCUGAACCUGGACGAGGCUACUCAGGUAGAGGCAGAUUUAGCCCAGGAGGCAGAGGCUGCUCGUUUGUUGCAGGAAAAGGCAGAGGCAGAUCGUGUGUUGGAGGAGGCAAAAGCCCAUCGUUUGGCUAAGGCAAGGGAAGCUGCAAAUGUGUUGGCUGAACAAAAGGCAGAGGCAGAUCGUUUGGCAAAGGAUCGUUUGGCGAAGGAAAAGGCAAAAGCAGAUCGUUUGGCCCAGGCAGAGGCGGAACGUUUGGCCCAGGAAAAGGCAGAGGCGGAUCGUUUGUUGCAGGAAAAGGCAAAGGCAGAUCGUUUGGCCCAGGAAAAGGCAGAGGCAGAUCGUUUGGCCCAGGCAAAGGCAGAGGCAGAUCGUUUGUCGCAGGAAAAGGCAGAGGCAGAUCGUUUGGCCAAGGAAAAGGCAGAGGCAGAUCGUUUGGCCCAGGCAGAGGCGGAUCGUUUGGCACGCGAACGUUUGGCCCAGGCAAAGGCAGAGGCGGAUCGUUUGGCCCAGGCAGAGGCAGAUCGUUUGACACGGGAAAAGGCAGAGGCAGAUCGUUUGGUGGAGGAAAAGACAAAGGCAGAUCGUUUGGCCCAGGCAGAGGCAGAUCGUUUGUCCCAGGAAAAGGCAGAGGCAGAUCGUUUGGCCCAAGCAAAGCUACGUGACACGCAAGAGGAGAUCAAGAUCUUCCGGGCAAAGAAAGCAGAGCUUGAAAAGAACAAGGCAACCCUAGCCAGAUUGCAGAAAGAGCUCGAGGAGGAGCUGAAAGUCACCGAUGCAAUCAUGCAAUCCCAGCAGGCACCGCUCAUGCCAGGUUCGUGCAAAGUAGAGACCCCAAGUCCAGCUGGCAGAGUCAUGACCCCCACAGAGGCCCUGUCUCCAAUUUCGACCUCGACCUCGAGCCAAGAUGCCCAAGACCCGUGGAUUUGCCGCCGGCUUUCGGGUGCAUUCGACAACAGCCUGAGCCCAGAGACCACAACCCCGCCAAGUUCCGCAAAGAUGCCUGGUGCUCCGCAGGCUAUUGCUGUUGCCCCCGCCAAGACGCCUGGACCAGCCCCUCCUAAAGCCCCAGCUCCAAAGCAUGGCCAGCCUGCCCCCUUCGCAGUGAAAGCUAGGCCCCAGAGCCCGCCACCCUCAUCAGGUGCAAUUACGAAGCGCCUGCUCCGGGUCCUCGAACCAAAUGCACGAGGAGUCUACAAGGUGUCAAAGGAGGUGAGAGAUCAGUUUCACGCCGGGGGCAUCUCAAAAAGCAACGUCUACAAAAUGUUCGCAGAAUGCAACAACAAUCCGGAGACUUUUGUUGCCAAGUUCAGUGCUGUCCACGAGAAGCAACGCGAGCUCCAGCUGACUGUAGACUUCGAAUUCCUUACGAAACAGCAGAUGGCCGAUGAACAAAACAUGUCGCCGGAUGAUAUCGCAAAAUGUGUGGCAGCAGCAGAAGCAGACCCUGUCAACAAGAUCCGGAGGACAGACCGGCUGACGUUGACGGAGACAAGACAGAUGGACGGUGCCGGCGAGGGAACGGAACCGAUGGAAGUGGAUUUGAAUGAAGCCUUGCAGGAAUCCGAAAGCUCACGGCCAGCAUCCUACGUUGAUGCUGCAGAUGGUUUGACCCAGUCAAACCCACCAAACGAGGAGGUGAGUCGCUUGCUGAAGCGCUUGGGCUACCCAGAGGUUCAUGACUGCAAGGCCUCUGCUUUGAUUGACAAGGCCGUAUCUGCUUGCACUAAGCGGUUGAAGAAGCUUGCUGAGAUGUACAACAAGAUCCGAUCCGUCUACGCAGCCGUGGAUGGUUGCUCUGAGAAGCUCGAGAAGUUCAAGGCCGAUGGUAUGGUUGAUGGCUUUUCUGAGGAGCUGCUGGGCUCAAUAUUGUUCGGGGCUAUGCUGGUUGUCCUCGAUGGAAAGCUCGAUCGACAUCGAGCUGGGACGAUAAUCGAAGCCGCUGAGCUGGAAAACCGUGCGAGGACCCUCCUUUCGAGACCACCAUCUAUCAAGAAGGAGAUGGCCGCCGAUGCAAAGGUCAAUCCCAAGGCCAAAACUCUGAGAAUCAAGGCUCCAGCUUGCAUCAUCGGCGAAGUCGCUGAUGCAGUUCUGAGCGACGGCAGCCGAGUGCCAGGCCUCAUUGAAGCCGCUAAGGUGGACAAAAACCACAGCGAGCGAAACGCUCACCGCUUGUUUAACAAGUACGGCCUAGCACUCAAGGUCCCGAUUGAUAAUUUCGGUGUCCCGCAAAGCUCUUCGGGUGAAGCAGUGACAGUUCCCUACCUCUCCAUUAGCAAGUACAUGCAGCGCCUGCUGGACAGCUACGAGCAGCUUAUGUUUGGAGGUUUGUCAGCUACAGCAUCAGAAGUGCUUUUGGGGACAUUCUGGUCUAGGUUUCGAGCCUACCACCCCAAGCACUUGGUGUACUCGGAUGCAAGCAUGUCUGAAGCAGAAAGGGUCCGCACCGUCCCGGUGUGUAUCCAUGGAGAUAAGGGACGUACAUUACAAAAAUCGCCGAUUUAUGUCCUCAGCUUCGAGUUCCCUUUUGGACUUCCUCCGAGUAUGCUGAAGAAGUGCAGCUAUGAUGAAAAGCGGAACACUAGGCAUGUCGAGGGAAAGCUGGCCCAGACGUGUGGGUCUCGUGCCAAGAAGCGAACAAUCGAAGAAGUAGACUUCUCUGAGUGCACUCGCAAUGACCCUCCCAGAUACCUCGAUGCCUCUAAGCCCAGAAGCCACCAGAGACACAACAAUCGGGGACACAGUUUCCUGAGUCGCUUCUUGGUUUGUGCCAUUCCCUCGAAGACCUACAAGAAAAACCCCGAACUCAUUCCAAACCUGCUCAGGGAAGUUGCCAAGGAACUUAAAGUACUGUUCGAAUCGGGUCUGAAGCAGGGCAAAACCGGUGCAAGGUUCCGCUUCGCUUUCAUAGGUGCCAAGGGCGAUUCCGAAUGGCAUUUUGAGGCAGGAAACUUUACACGGUCGUAUCACCGAAUUGGUCCCGUAAAUCCUGCCAAAAUUUGUCAUCUAUGUGACGCCGGAGCCCAAGGCCUCCCGUAUACAGAUGUUUCCAGUGCACCCGAGUGGCUCAGCACGCUGGGUGCCGAAGCUCCAUGGCGAGAGACGCCUCCCUUGAAUCAGGCUCCCUUUUCGGAAAGCUUUCCUGCUUUUCUCUACAAGUUUGAUCCCUUUCAUGUACUGAAGUACGGGGUUUUUCGGGAUUGUUGUGCCAGCACCGUGACCAGAUUAGGUUUCCUAGGAUAUUUCGACUUCUCGGAAGAAGGGGAGCUUGAAAACAUCCCUGAUCGCCUUAUGAGGGCUUUCUCGUUGUACAAGCUUUGGUGCUUGGCAGAGAAGAAGAAUCCUUCGCUGAAAGGCUUCACUAGGAUCAACAUGCACUUUGACAAAAACACCUCCUUUGCCUGGUUCAACUGUAAGGGAAGUGAAGUGACGCUGCUGAUGCAGUGGCUUGACUUUCAGCUCCUUGUUUUCAUUGCGAAUGUCAAGCAUGAAAGCCAAAGGACGGAGUUGCGGGCCAUGCACCAGAUGAUUCGUGGAGGUCUCAACUACAUAG